UGAGAAGCGACCUAGCUGCUUGAGGUAUCCUUUAUUCUUAGCCUCUCUUGUCCCUUUCCUGACCCAAUCAGGUGCACUAGUACAGGCCGCAAAUGUGACGGGUACGCCCAAACCAAGCAAGACUACCAAAUCCAAGUGUUCAGCCACAAUCAAGCAUCCGGUUUCCAGAGUGCCAUACCAACGGUUCCCGGAUUCGGUGAUAACAUGCACGAUCUGGAGUUCUACCAUUAUUGUGCUGGGCCCACUCUGGCCAGCAGAUUCGACAACGAGUUCUGGUCGCGGAUAUCCCUUCAGAUGGCCUACACGGAACCAGCAGUGCGUCACGCCCUUGUCGCUUUAGGGUAUCUCAGUAGGCAGGAGACAGGCAGUUUAAAGCAUGCUCGGCUAGGGUUUACGAACGGUGAUAAACGCAAACUUUUUUUGCUUCACUACAACAAGUCUGUUAGGCAUCUCGUUCACCGCAUAGCUGAGCCGUCCUACUCACCCGAAAUCGGGCUUGUUACUUGUGUUCUCUUCGUGUGCAUCGAGUUUCUGCGGGCAGAUUACCACACAGCAUUCACACACAUGAGGAAUGGACUUAAGAUCAUUUCUGAGUUACGGCAAACACGCCAGACUGACUCGCCGAUCCAAACGCCUGAAGGGAUUCAAAGCGGUUCCACCACUCCAACGGAUAUGAUUGAAGAAAAGCUUGUGCCAAUGUUCAUUCGGGGAAUGGCAUCUGCUCUCUUGUAUGGUGUGAGUGUUGAGGACGACUUCGCGGUACCGUGUCCACUUCCGCAAUCCUUCCAGGAGCGACGUUUCACUAGCAUUCGUGAGGCCCAGUCUUCCUAUCACGAGAUACGGAACGCUGCUAUCGUGUUCACCCGCCAAAUGGCCAUAAAGCUCAUCCAGCUAAUCCCAGUGACGGUGGAGGACUUUCUACGCCGCUAUGGGAUCCUGGAAUGCCACCGCGCAUGGUACGAGGCUUUUCAAGAGCUAGAAUGCUCUCAGAUAUUAUCCUUAGAGGACAAGGUCACCAUUAGCGCCCUAAAAUUAUCCUACUACGCAACCUACAUCUUCGCAGCCUGCGCAACAGACGUCCGUCAAAUGUCCUUCGACGCCCAUCUCUCCAGCUUCAAAGCGCUCCUGCACCACGCGAAAAUCGUCUUUAAUUUCAUGGACCUUGGGAACCUCGAGGACCCCCAAGCCAAACCAUCUUCCCGCUCCGCUGCUGCAAACUUUACAUUUGAAAUCUCCAUCAUACCCUCCCUAUACUUCACCGCGACGCGCUGUCGGUGUCCCACCACCCGCCGCGAAGCCGUCUCUCUCCUUUCUCUCAAUCCACCCCGCGAGGGCCUCUGGGACCCAGAGCAGCAUGUCGUCGUGUCCAACCGUGUCAUCGAGAUUGAGGAGAUGGAGGUAGAUGAGAAAGGGUGGCCGACGGAGGAGAUGAGGCUCUGGAGUACGGUUAUCGAUGCGAAUAUGGAUCAGACUGGUGGCUUUUGGGUAGACUUUUUGCCGGCAAAGUGGGUUGGGAGCUUUGAUGGAGAGGGAAGGCAGAGGCUAAGAAGUGAGUGGUUUGUUCUAGGGGAACCUUGGACGAGUCCUCCAUCCCGAUAUUCAGAUCCCCUGAGAAUUAUGUUUUCCCCUAACACAGCUCCUUUGCAUUAAUUUGUUAGGAACCCACUUUCCAUUCCAAAGAUCCUACUUGCGCUAUUUAUUUUUAUACAACCAAAAAGUCUUGUUAUUUGGACAUAUAUUUGAGAAGAUAGAAG